AUGAAGCGGGAUAGAGAUUUCAUCGAGCUUUCCGAUGGCGAAUGGUCUCCUCACUCCGAUUCCUUCAAACCCUCCCGCGUCAUCAACCCCAAACCCACUCCCCAAAGCCCUCCUCCCCCAAUCGAGUCCUUCGCCUACUCCAAAACAAAAGUUCACAUAAUUGAGAGCUCGUCUUCCGAAGAACUCGGAAACACGGCCGCCGGGAACGACUUGGAGGAUUUGGAGGACGCCGACGUGGGGGUAAGCACGACGGGCGGGAGGGCUUCCCGAGGGAAGAGAUUUGUCAUCGAGGACGACGAUGAGGAUGAAGAGAAGGAGGAGGGUGGUGGCGCCGGCCACGAGGGGGAAGAUUUGGAGGUUUGGUUGUCGGAGGAAGAAGAGUUAGAAGAGGAGGAAGAUGUCGUUAAGAAGGCUCUCCUCAAGUGUGAAACAAUUUCGGCUGAGUUGAAGCGCGAGUUGUACGGUACAAGCACGGCUGCCUGUGAGCGGUACUCAGAGGUGGAGUUGAGUUCUUCUGCAGUGAGGAUAGUUACUCAGGAUGAUGUAAAUGAUGCAUGUGGAGCUGGGGAUUCAGAGCCAAUGCUCAAGCCAUACCAGCUCAUUGGAGUCAACUUUCUUCUCCUUUUGUAUAGAAAGAAAAUUGGUGGAGCUAUUUUGGCUGAUGAGAUGGGUCUUGGUAAGACCGUCCAGGCCAUAACUUAUCUGAUUCUGUUGAAGCAUUUGGAAGAUGACCCUGGUCCUCAUUUAAUUGUGUGUCCUGCUUCUGUUUUGGAAAAUUGGGAAAGGGAGCUUAAGAAAUGGUGUCCGACAUUAUCUGUGCUCCAAUAUCAUGGUUCUGCACGUUCAGCUUACUCAAAGGAGUUAAGCUCUCUGGGAAAGGCUGGGCUGCCUCCACCAUUUGAUGUUAUUCUUGUGUGCUAUUCAUUAUUUGAACGCCACAGUGUGCAACAGAAAGAUGACCGCAAAAUUCUUAGACAUUGGAAAUGGAGUUGUGUAAUAAUGGAUGAAGCUCAUGCUUUGAAAGACAAGAGCAGUUACAGGUGGAAAAAUUUGAUGUCUAUAGCUAAAAAUGCAAGACAGCGUCUGAUGCUUACAGGCACACCAUUACAGAAUGAUUUACAUGAACUGUGGUCGAUGUUGGAGUUCAUGAUGCCUGAUAUUUUUGAAACUGGGGAUGUUGACUUGAAAAAGUUGUUAAAUGCAGAAGAUAGUGAUUUAGUUGGUAGAAUGAAGUCCAUUUUAGGACCAUUCAUCUUAAGACGGUUGAAAUCAGAUGUGAUGCAGCAACUUGUUCCAAAGAUGCAAAAGAUUGAGUAUGUUCGCAUGGGGAAAGAGCAACAAGAUGCUUAUAAAGAAGCGAUUGAGAAUUAUCGUGCUUCAUCACAAGCCCGUAUUAUGAAGUCUUCCGAAAAUUGUCUAAAUGAUGUGGCUAGAAUCUUGCCUCGACGUCAAAUUUCAAAUUAUUUUCUUGAAUUUCGAAAGAUAGCAAAUCAUCCUUUGUUGGUGAGACGUAUCUACUCAGAUGAUGAUGUUGUUCGUUUUGCUAAAAUGCUGCACCCAAAAGGUGUAUUUGGCUUCGAGUGUACUUUGGAACGCGUGAUCGAGGAGCUUAAGAGCUAUAAUGACUUCUCUAUUCAUCGGCUCCUACUUUACUAUGGUGAUACUGGUAUGAGAGGAAUUCUUUCAGAUGAACAUGUUAUGAUUUCAGCAAAGUGUCAGGUAUUGGCUGAGCUUCUUCCUAAGCUAAACCGUUGUGGGAGUCGUGUUCUAAUAUUUAGCCAAUGGACAUCUAUGCUUGACAUAUUGGAAUGGACUUUGGAUGUGAUUGGUGUGACCUACAGGCGUCUUGAUGGAAGUACACAGGUGACGGAGAGACAGACGAUUGUGGACACCUUCAAUAAAGACACUUCAAUCUUUGCAUGUUUGUUGUCCACGAGGGCGGGGGGACAGGGCCUGAACUUGACUGGGGCAGAUACUGUUAUAAUUCAUGACAUGGAUUUUAAUCCCCAGAUUGACCGACAGGCUGAAGACCGCUGUCAUCGCAUUGGACAAACGAGGCCUGUCACAAUUUACAGGCUGGUGACAAAGGAUACGGUUGACGAGAAUGUUUACGAGAUAGCCAAAAGGAAGCUAAAUCUGGAUGCUGCUGUGCUGAAGUCUGGAGUAGAAGUCGAGAAUGAUGCCAAGACCAAGCUCAGACAACGGCGCUCCAGGCUAGCCGUCAACCAUCUUUGCCGGCGGCCACCCCCUUACUACCGGCCGGCGACUCUUUCGACAUCGGCGCCGGUAACCCUCAGGCGAGCGAAGCCGUGCUUUUGCCGCCUCUCGUUGCCCCCUUCCCGUUGUAAGCUACCCCGUCGGUCUCCUCCCAGCCCACGACAAAGCUUAGGCACCCCAAUCCGAUCACCUCCGGCAAUGGCACCUCCGACAAUGGCACCUCGACAGACAUAUUAG